UUGUGCGUCCCCCGGUGCCGUCGCUCGUCUCAGCCGGCCGCCCCGCCCCUCCUGCCACCGACGUCCCGGCGUCGCUCGGCUCAGCGCGGCGCCGACUGGCGGCCACUUGUGCCCGACGGACCGACCCGGUCGGAGACAGGUGUUCCUGCUGCACUCCUGACGCUCAGUGACGAGGUCGUAGGUCGUGCUAUCUGGACAUGGAUCAGACCGCUGUCGCCCGCGAUCGGUGAGCGGUAGUAUCGGCUGAUAGGAUCUCCGGUGGUGAUUGCUGGUGUGUGCUGGUGUCCGAUUGUGUUGGUGUCGCGCUGUGUUGGUGUGUACCAGCUGCCGCAGGGGCAGGGGAGGUGGUGGGCUGGGCCGCCCAACUGAUGGGAAGUGCGAACCAGCGCCGCAUCGACGUACUGAAAGACCUUGCCAUGCUGGACGCGCCGGCGGGUACCAGUAUCGAGUACGACUACCUCAUCAAGUUCCUGGCGCUGGGUGACUCGGGUGUGGGCAAGACCUCGUUCCUGUGGCAGUACACGGACGGUGUGUUUCAUCAGCGCUUCAUAUCCACAGUCGGCAUCGACUUCAGGGAAAAACGACUGCUGUACCGGCCCAAGGAUGCUGACGGCACACCACAAGGAAAGAGCCAGAGGAUUCACCUACAACUCUGGGACACCGCCGGCCAGGAGAGGUUCCGCAGCUUAACCACGGCCUUCUUCCGCGACGCCAUGGGCUUUCUACUGCUGUUUGACCUGAGCAGUGAACAGUCGUUCCUGUCCAUCCAGGGCUGGCUCGACCAACUCAAGACGCACGCAUACUGCGAUAACCCCGACAUAGUGUUGUGUGGAAACAAGGCUGACCUGGAGCAGAGAGCCGUAUCCGAGGAACGCGCCCGGGACGUGGCAGAUAAACACGGUCUAACAUACAUCGAGACAUCAGCAGCCACCGGUCAGAACGUCCGCGCCGCGGUGGAGCUGCUACUGGAGGCGGUGAUGAGACGUAUGGAGCAGGCCUCCGACCAGUCGACUCUACCGGGCCGGCGCGGCAGACCGGCCCCCGACGUGGCGCACAUGCAGCUCACGCCCGUAGAGGAGUCCAAGUGCGCCUGCUGAUGACAGCUAGGGACGGGAUAGGGGCGUGAUGGGGAGGAGAUGGAAUAAGCUAGACCGGCACGGAAAGAUUAGGUAGAGGGCCGCCAGGAAAACGGCGGCGAGAGGAGUGGACGUCAUGUGCCAUGAAAGCGGGCGGCGGGGCGGUGCCGAUGCUGAAGUGCAAUUAUUGUGACCGACCGUUCUAACCAGGCGCUGAUGUAGGUAUGUGCCACUGUUACGCGCCCGUCAAUGUUUUCCGACAGCGGGGCCAUUAAUGACGAAAUGCCAACGAUGCCAAUAGUGGAGCUCUGCCGGGGCUCAGCCCGACGUUGCCAUGUUUUCCGAUUGUUGACCAUGUUACGCUGGGGUGUUUUGUGUGUUGGUGGAUUGUUUGUGUGAUCAGGGGCGUUCGCCACUGCCUCUGGUGGGUGCGACUCGCUGGGGUCAGGUCAGGGCGCCUGCCCAGCCGGCCGGCUGUUUUGUCCAGGGUCUGCGGCUCAAAGGCCGGUGCUUGGGGCUCUCAUUGUGCUGCCAGUAUCGGACGCUUAUUGAUUUCGUCUUCCGUGGUUGGAUCUGGCCGUCGCGGGGCCGGUGCGCCUCCCGACAAGCGAUUGAUGAUGCGAGGUUAAUCAAAAAGACCUGCCGCGCUCAGCCGGCGCGCCGGUCGACGCCGCCGUUUUUUGAAGAUCUAUAUUCGCGUUGUAUCGAGGCAGCUCCUCUUCUUUUGCUCAUCUUCGACUGCUAGGAUCGAAUUUGGGUGGUCCGUGGUUACUGAGAGAUCAUAUAUGAGAAUAUGAUUUAGUGUGAAUUAAUACAUGUUUAUAGACGUUUC